AUGCUCUCCCAUAUGGUGACAUCUCUAUCAAACCUCCUCUGGCCCUGGCUUCCCCUCACUGCUGUUAUUGUGUGGCUCACCAAAAGCUACUUCAACAGGGGCUUGAACAAAUAUUCCGGACCACGCCUCGCGUCCGUGACCGACUGGUGGCGGCUUUACACUGUCUGGACAAGAAAAGCCCACUUCCGCUAUCUGCAGCUGCACGAGGAGUACGGCGACAUCGUCCGGCUGGGACCGAACACGCUCUCAUUCUCGAGUCCGCAGGCCAUCAAGGUGAUAUAUGGGAUGAACAAGAAACUUGGCAAGGUGCGCUCGCUUUUACCCCAUUUCCUAAUCCACCCAUUUGCUAUAUGUACAUCAAAACAAGACGGUGCCCUGAACUGUUCAGUGCAGAGCGACUUCUACCCCGUCCAAAUGCAAGUGUCGCGCGGCGAGAUCCUGCAAUCGCUCUUCGGCACGCAGGACCAGGAGUACCACGCGCGCCUGCGACGCGCCGUUAGCAAUGCGUUCUCGAUGAGUUCGAUCGUGCAGUACGAGGCACGCGUGAGCGAGACGGCGAAAGUCUUCCUUGAUCGGAAGGAACAACUAUACGCGAGCAGCAGCACGGGGCCACCAACACGCUGUGACUUUAAGCAAUGGCUGCAGUUCUUUGCGUUUGAUGUUAUUACCGAGGUUACGUAUUCGAAGCGUGUGGGGUUCAUCGAUGAGUGUCGCGAUGUCGAGGGGAUUAUUGACUGGUUGGAUCGCAUUUUUCAGUAUAUGGCGCCGAUCGGCCAAAUGCCCAUCCUGGACAAGUUCCUCGUGAAGAACCCGAUUCUCAUUCUUCUGAAUAAAUACGGAUUCAUGGACAACUCCUCGGGCACAGCGCGGUUCAGCAAAGCGCGUAUGUCCGAACGACUGCAGGAACUCGCUGAUCGAAAGGCCGCAGGCCUCGAUUCAAUCAAAGACCGCGGCGACCUACUAACAAUGUUCCUCGAGUCGCAGCGGGAAGACCAAUCUGGCUUCUUUGAUGAUAGCCGCAUCCUUACGAUGACGACCUCGAUUGCCCUUGCGGGGUCCGAUACGACGGCUAUCUCGCUCUCGGCGGUGUUCUACCAUCUAUUGCGGAAUCCGGGUGCUCUUGAGAAGUUGAGAAGGGAGGUCGAGGAAGCGGUCGAAUCCGGAGUGAUUGCAGAUGCCGAGGUUUUUUCCUGGGCUGAUGCGCAGAAACUACCAUAUCUCGACGCUUGCGUCAAGGAGACAUUCCGGAUCCAUCCUGCUAUCAGCCUGAAUCUCGAGCGCGUUACCCCGCCUGAAGGGAUCGAUAUCGCGGGCGAGUAUAUCCCUGGUGGGACGGUUGUCAGCUGUAACCCGUGGGUUCUACAGAGGAGAAAGGGGAUUUUCGGUGACGACGUUGAAGUGUAUAGACCGGAGCGGUGGAUUCUCGAUGAGUCUUCCGCUUCACCUGAAGAGCGCACGCGGCUGGGGGAGAUGAAAGCCACGAUGCUGCAUUUCGGUGGUGGGUCGAGGACGUGUCUUGGGAAGCAUAUUGCGUUAUUGGAGAUGUAUAAGCUUGUCCCGAGCUUUCUAAGGAAGUUCGAUAUGAGCCUUACGACGGACAAGGAGUGGGACCUGGAGUGUUUGUGGUUUGUCAAGCCAACGGAGUUCAAUGUUGAUAUCAGGUUGAGACGAUAG